AUGUUCGUUAUCUUCGGUACGGGUUUACGACGUUGCACAAACCGCUUCACGGCUAGCGGGGUCGUUGGUCAGUUGCCACACAAGGCCGAGCGCAGUGCCUGUCGGCAACGCAGCGCAAGAACGUUGGCACGGCUCGAGCAGCGUCGACGCGAAAACGUUCCGGGCGACGUGUACGUUACAAGUGGAUGCAUCGACUGUGAUACCUGCCGGUGGAUGGCGCCGUCGAUAUUCGAUCGAGUUGGCAGCCAGUCAGCGGUCGUGCACCAACCCGAGACGGACGCUGAACGCGUUCGGACGCUGCAGGCUGCGGCGGCGUGUCCGGUCGGAACGAUCCGGACGGAGAGUCCACCGCCAGCCGGUCUGUCGAAACAGGCUCGGGAAGCGUUCCCUGAACUCAUAGCAACAAGCGGUGACGAACGCUCCGGAACUCGAGUCUAUCACCUAGGGUACCACUCGGCGAAGUCGUUCGGAGCAACCUCGUACCUUGUGUUGCCAGACGGUGACCGUUGGAAAGACGCAGCUUUUAUGACGGAUAGCCCGCGCUAUUUUCGCCCACUUGCUGAUCAGAUUGAGCAGCUCCUGAAGCGAGAGGGUCGUCAACUACGGUAUAUAUUUCUGACCCACGUCGAUGACGUGGCCGAUCAUGAAAAAUGGGCAGAGCGUUUCCAAGUGCGUCGGAUCAUGCACGCGGAUGAUAUCGAUGAUGCAGACGAGCGAAGCACACUUGCCAGCAUUGAGAUUCCACUCACCGGCUCUGGUCCGUGGUUACUGACACCAGAGUCGGUGACAAAGUGGCCUGCCGGAGCCGCGUCUCCUGCUCCCGACAGACACGGCGUCAAGAUCAUUCAUGUUCCGGGACAUACACGCGGCUGUAUUGCUGCGAUAGUGGACAAUUACGUUGCGUUCACAGGCGAUCACAUAGCAUAUUCGGAGACGCGAAACGCGGUGACCGGCUUUCCUCAGGUCUGCUGGUUCGACUGGAGCCUCGUUAUUGAAUCCACCGCGAAACUCGCAGAGGAAGCAUUUGUAUGGAUCAUGCCAGGUCAUGGUCGCCGCUAUCACUACGCGAGCGUAGAGGCCAUGCGACAAGGCCUCACCGAGUCGAUUGCGCUCAUGGACAGCGAUCUGUACUGGGCCAUGGUGCCCUACCGAGCGCGGGGCCGUGUUCGGUCAUCGUGA